AUGGUCCACACCCGUGGAAGAGGUGCCCGACCCGAGGGCUUUGCGGACUAUAAACCCCCAAAACGUGAGCGAAAGCCAAUGGCCCAUCCAGCACCACAACCACCACCACGCAAUUCCCCUGUGCCUGUCCCUAUAUACAAGGAUGCAUCUACCCAGACAGAUGUGAAUCUAACCAGUUAUCCAGAGCCCGCGAGCGCGAAACGACGUCGAGACACCGAGGACAAUGCUUCUGACAACGCGUCAAAACGCCAACGAAAAGCCCAGACACCCGAUCAACCCAAGUUCCUCUUCUCUACCUCCCGCAACCGAAGCGUCCUGCUCACUGCUCCGCCGAAAUACAAUGUACAAAACGAGUCGCCAUUCUACAAUUCUCUAAUAUCACCGACACAGAAAGCAGCCCCCGAAGAAAGUCGAUCGCAGUCCGCUGAGCCCGAACGCCGCCAGAUCGCUAGGCAACCCGAGUCCCCUACACCGUCUCCAUCCAGGGGGAAUGGAAUCAUUGGCAGUGUAAGGAAGCUGUUCGGUUACUGGUCGCGAGCGCCAGCGGCUGCUGCUUCAUCGGUACAGCAAGGCAGCCCGCCGGAGGAGGCGCAACAUGAUCAGAGUGCAGAAGAUGAGGCAGUGCAGCCAGACAGUCCCACUCCGACACCACGAACAAACCAACCCGAAUCGCCUACUAAAGAGUCGCAGAUUUUGGAUAGCAGAAUCUACAACCGCGAAUAUUUCAAGAGACGUCGAACUGCAAACACAAUUGGAGGUCGCGAACAAAUGGCAGCAAUGCGCGAAAACAACGACAGCGAAUCGGCAGACUUCAAUCCUAUCGAGACAACAGGUACAAAUAAACGCAAGUUGGCGUCUGUUGACGAUCAGAUGCCACCACCCAAACGAGGUGGUUUCGGCAUCGAUUUUCCGGAGGUCGAAAGAGAAACUGACGAGCUUGAUGGUAUCCAUGUUCCAGACGGGCAACCAUCAACUCCCGCACGCAAAACUGUUGCGCAAACUCCUCUCCGAUCAGCUUUGAGACAAAAUGGCAACAAUGUUGGAACCAUUGGGCGGUCCAGCAAAUCAGUACGUAUCAACCCAAACACAUCGGUAAAACAUGUCUAUGGACAAUACGGUUAUGCUGGAGAAUAUCAUGGUAGUAUGUUUUCCGAUGUGUCAGCCUCUUCAGAAUCAAGCAUCUCUGCCGGCAAUAUUUCCAGUAUUUUCUCGCCUACCACAGCUCAAAACACCCAGGACAAUGCGGAUCCCAGAUUCCAUCUCGACCCUAGUGUGGUCGAUCCCAACGAUGAAAGCUGGCGGCCGUCUCUUGCAAACCCCUCUCCCGGCCAUUUUCGAGUUCCGGACCUCGACGAGUACGAUGAUGAGGACACUAUGACAUUGGAUCAAACUUCCCGCGACGAAGUACCUUCACCUCCCAGCACACCCAGAAUGUCGCAUGCGGAAUUACCUCAGUCGUCUUCAUCCAGCCAAAGUACCACCUUUGCGAGCCAGAAUGAGAGCACUGCGCCCGAUACCGCGGAAAGCAGACUUGAGAAAGCAAGAUCUGAAGCACAAAAAUACAAACCCGUCCGCUCAUCACGCCUUUCACUCACAGCGCAAGCACGAUCUCGAUCGUCUUCACCUCCAGGGUCUGACAGUGAAUUCCGCGAGUCACAAAUCGAAGUGUCAACUCCAAAUGCUGGUCCACUACAAGCGAGGGUGCCAGACGAUACUACUCUCGACGAGACUGCACUUGCCGACGGAGCUCUUGGCCGAGAAGAAUUGGAUAACACGACUGUCGGUGACGACGGAAUGACAGACUACGGGAGAGAACACCAGUACGAUGAGUGGGCGGAGAAUCUCGACUGGCCCGAACCGCAAACCUACGUUGACGCCGGAGUAUGCUCGUCAUAUAUUGCUGAUCUCGUGCGUAAGAAUUGGACGGAGCGAGAUACCCAAGAGUCGAUUGCAUUUUGGGAGCGUGAAUUCGACGAAGGUCUGAAGGCGGCGAAAGAGGCCAAGGCCCAAGGCAGGGAAUUGGUCUGGAUUGUUGACCCUGAGGAAAUGAUCGACUAG